GAAAAGGGAACAACCGUAUUUUCAAGUAAACGCGUCUUUCAAGCUGACCAUCGUUCACAAACCUAUAAAGACUUUAAUAUCGUUAUAUCUGCGCGAUCGAGAUGACCUCGAAGUUUACCCCUUCGCAAGCUGUCGAUAUGUCUAAGGAGAAGGACUGGUCGAUGAACCUCGGGAUGCUUGACUGGGAUGACACAAGCAUUGUCUUCACCAAGCGCAGCCUGGUCGAGUUCCUCAAGUACACAGGGACCACUGUUGAUCCUGGCUUUAGCAAUAUUCAGAAGCUGCCUCGAUACGCCAAAUUUGGCAAGCUAACGAGCACCGAAGAGGAGCCACCUGAGACGGCCACGAGUCCCACAAUCUCCUCAUCAGAAAGCAACAGACUUCUUGCGGAAGAAUUCACAGACGAUGCAUUAUCCACUGCGCCACCGCCGCCAACCGCGACACAGCCUAUUCAAACUAGUUCUCCGGGCAGCCCGGAUGACUUCAAGCCCACGAGACGCGUAAGAACGCAGCCGGGUGGUCAUGACUCUAUUGGCAAUUUAUUCGGUAGUGAACCACCCCAGGCUCAAUUUAUUCCCACUCGCAAGGUGCGACAACGUCCAGGAGGAGAAGACAAUAUCGAAGGGCUUUUCUGAAGGUGAAUUUUGUAUGGAGAUACUGGGGCAAAACCGAGAAGUACCAAAGUUGUUUUGUUGUCCAACAACCUGUAGCCAUCACUACUAGCAUACCGUUGAUACUUUAUUUUUAUUGUGAAGGCAUGCGCAUCAUUGUGUUUUUCUAUGAGCAAGGAUCAAAAAAAUAUCAAAUCAAAAAGCUUCUUGGUAGCGGCGAGGUUCGAACUCGCGCGGACUUUCGCCCAUUGGGAUUCAGAUCAGUUCUUAAAUCCAACGCCUUAGACCAACUCGGC